CUUCGCUAAUGCGACGGCGGGAAAGCAAAGUGAUUUAUGGUAUUUUUCAGCUGCAACUGUCAAGUGCAGGGCCUCUCGAAUCGUCGACGUGGCCAUUAGAUGCUUCGACAACCCCCCUUCUGGCGAGAAACGAUGAUACUCGUAUAUAAUACAAGCCGGGAUAAAUGCCUUCGUUAGAAUCGAUUCCGCCAGCGGUUUCAUCGCCUAACGCCGUCAACCUGACAGACCCCGGCGGAGACGCCUGGUCUCUUCUCGACGAGCUCGAAUCGCCCCUGCCCCUCGACGCCAGCGAAGGGGGCUUCUUCUCGGGCAACUUCGUGCCGCCCCCGCCGCGCCCCUUGUUCCUCGACGACUCGGCAACGCCGGACGGACCGACCACCUGCGAUCUGUGCACUUGGUCCUGGCAGCAUCACAGCGGCGGUUACAGCCUGGACAUGUCUAAAGAAGCUCAAGGACUCGGAUGGGUGCUCACUCUAGUUAUAGUAUCAUUAUCGUCAGCCAUUAUAGGAGCAAUCGUUAUGAUAAUCGUACUGCAUUGUAAACGAUUGAAAUCAACUACCAUAGAUGAAACAGAACGAGGUGUAACAUUACAACACCAAAGAGUGAAUCAACGGCCUCCAAUCAGCACCCCAGACGACAAGAACAUAAGCGCAAUCACUCCGACCACCUUCCCCAAUCUACCAACCAUCCAAAACGCCACCAACACCGGAGUGUGGUCCUGGUUAUCCCGAAGAAACACCUGCUCAAUCGACACCCCCACGGCGUCGCCCGCCGAGAACCACUACACCCACAUGGACGACGGUUACAACGGCGUCGGGGAGGCCCUGUACGCCGAGCUGGACGCCGACGAGGCCCCGGCCUACCGGAACUCCGGGUACGCGGACGCGGAGGCGCCGGCGUCGAGCGCGCCCAGCAGCGCCUACUACUCGGACCUGUCGACGACGACGGUGCCGGAGCGCGCCUACGAGGUGGUGGGGCUGGCGACGGCGCCGGCGUGGGAGGCGGGCGGCGGCGAGUGGAGGCGGCCGGCGCCGCGGCUGGCGGCGAUCAGGGAGAGCGGCGCGGUGCCUUCGGACUACGUUUGACGGACUGAAUUCGUUUAGGGAUUUAGAGAAAGCGAACGCUUUAGUACAAAACAAUGUCGCGUCGACUGUACUAGACUGUUGAAUAUAGGCAAAUGUUCUAACUGUGAUGGUAUGAAUGAGACAAAUUUGUAUUGUAAUCUGUAUUUUUUUUUUAGCUUUUUAUUAAUUAUUAACGUUAUUUUAUUGGUUGAUUCAAAGUUUUGUUAUGUAUUAUUGUAGAUAAUUGAAAAAAAUUGUAUAGAAGUUGCAGAGGUGGUAAAUAGUGCACCGGUAUGUAUUUAUUGCACCCAUGUACCUGUAUAUAAAUAAAUUCUUUUACAAACCGGUGCAAUAUAGAUGCAAAUUAUUGCACCCGGUGCACAUGCAUCCUCUGAAAAAUCGCCAUGUGACUGUAUUUCUUAAAAAAAAGACCUCAAUAGGUUUAACAUUCCUCUUAAUUUAUAUUUGUGCAAGCGAGUUGCAUGAAAAUGUACGUUAGAGCGUUUCCACAAUCCUGUAUAAAAAAUGUCAAUUAAAUCUCGUACGUCUCCGAUUAAGAUGUACGCCGG